GCAGCACAUGGAGGAAUCCAAUCCUUCAACACCAUUCUUGUCCUGCCCUCCGCUGCUUGCUGUCGCAUGCUUCGCAGGUCUCCCAACCAUGACCCCGUACCCGUGAUCAUCCCCCCACGAUGCCUGCGGCCGAGUCCGAGAAUUCCGAGACCCGUCGUACGCCGACCAUCACUGCGGGGAGCAAGCCCGGCAUACCUCGAAGACCUCUACCAAAUACGCAAGCUCCACAUUGGUUUGCGUCGCCUGCGCGCUCGCAUGCCGGAACUAUACAAGGCAGGGAGCUUCCGCUCCAUCUGAUUGCCUUGAUCUUGUCUUAUCUUGAUAAUGUUGGCGACCUUGCCAGAGUCACACGAACUUCGCGUCUUCUGUAUUAUAUGACACUGCCCCUUCUCUACGAAAACGUCACCCUCCGCUCCUAUUCCGACAUUCGCUACAUCGAUGGCCGACCAGAAGGGUAUGGCGGCGGGAGUCCCUUUGCCGUGGGGCUCAAUACGCUCGUGUCGCGACCCUUCACCGACUACGUCAAGUCCUUCCGUGUAGUGGGCGAAUGGCGAGAACAUGAUGUCGACGACUACACGAAAGGCAGGGUGCCAGACAACAGCAUGAUGCUCCAGAUAGCUAUGCGCGCCGCGCUAGACAGGAUGAAGAAUCUGGAGAGCUUCGCCUGGGAGCUGAGCACGAAACCAAUGCAGACUGUAUACCAGAGCAUCAUGGCGAAGCCCUCCAUCACGUGCCUGACGUUGCGAUUCCAGACGAGACGAAUACCACGGCCGACUACAGUGAUACCCCCUCUCCCGAAUCUGCGAACCUUGGUCGUUUACGACAUAGAUCCCCUCUGCUAUCCUGACGACAUCUCGCUCCUCCUACUACACGCCAAAAAACUGGAUAAUCUCAAGCUGCAUUGGAAUCCCAGAAUGCGAGACAGUGGAGAAGAGUCUGCAAAUCUCCUAAAUUACUUUGGGCGCUGUAUGGCCGCGAAGCACAAAGUGCCACUCAAGCGCAUCGCCCUCUAUAAUUUGUACGCGCGCAAUUCUGGCGACGGGUUCGAGAACUGCACAGACUUGGAGAAGCUCGAGGAAGUAACGCUCAUGAAUUGCAUGGGCAGCUCCGACCCAACGACCGUUUUCCUGGAUAACACGUGGAAAGUAAACAACGCCGCUCCCUUUCCUCCAAAUCUCAAAAUGUUGCGCGUCGACCUGGUGGAGAAAGAUAUGAUUACCAUGAUGUCGCGACAGUACGGCAUGGAACGACUAUACAUCGUAAACAGGAGCAAGACGUCGAAGCCGAGUAGCACCGCAGUGACUCCCGCCCCACCGACAUCUGCAGGGACUCCUGCACAAAAUGGCGCCGGCUGUAGCGCAACCGGCACCCCUAUCAGCGAAACACAGUGCAAAAGUCUAGCGAGUGACGUCCUGGCCGUCAUCCAAUCCAACCACCGCACCAUGCGCCAUCUUCUCCUCGCCGACAACUGGGUUCUCAGCGACAAUGCCCUGUUCAGACUCUGUCAGAGCUGCCCGGACCUGGAGCAGUUUGGUUUCGCAUCCAAUGUCCCUCCGUUGGAAACGCUUGGUCACAUCUUCUCCCUCAUACCCAAACUAUGGGCCGUCCGUAUGCUGAUACGCGCCGGCACUCCCUUUGCGGAUCAGAUGGACUCGAUGGAUGCGGAAAUGCACGAACUCGCGCUCUCAACCGAGCUGUGGAAGCCGGAAUUCAAUAAUCUGAAGUACAUCGGUAUAGGUGACUUGAUUUUCCAAGUGGGAGAAGUGGUCUACCCGCCCAAGCCGAAGGGCGGGGCGCCACUACCUCCGCCGGGCCAGCAAAAGUCAAUGAGCGAGCGACUGAGAGGGCCGAUUAGGAAGCUUACGAGGCUGGAGAGGGAGGAUGUGAAGCAUGUUGAGAUUUGGGGGUUGGAUACCACAGAGUUUGAUCCGAAAUUCCCU